AUGGAAGAAGAGAAGCCGCUAGUGACUGGCAGCAUUAACCGGGGCUCGGGUGAUUAUGGAUCUCAUGAUAAUGGUCAACUUGAUCAACAUGAAGAAUCGCCAGGAUCAAGACGACUAUCCUAUUCAGCUACUGACGACUCGUACCGUGUGCUCGAGGGUACGGGUCUGGGGUUCACUAUUGCUGUUGUACUGGCCCUAGCCUUCAUUGAGACACCCUCCUCUCUGACCUACACCUCGGACAUUCGUUUCAAACCCAAGCCCUGGGAGCCACCCUGUGGACUGACGGAGGGGAUUGAGGUGGUCUGCCUUUGUAUCUUCAUCCUAGAUUUCACUGUGAAGAGUUAUCUGAUAGGAUGGGAGGAGUUUCGUAUGAACAAAUGGCUGAUUGGUUAUAUAGUAGUGAUUACAGCAUCAGUUAUUGAUUGGAUGUUGAGUGUUAGCAUGGCGUGCAAUGAGAAUUUAAGAGUCAGGAGACUAAUUCGACCAUUUUUCCUCUUGCAAAACUCCUCCCUGAUGAAGAAAACUCUAAAAUGUAUCAAAAAGACUCUUCCAGAAAUAGCAAGUGUUAUCCUGCUUUUGGCAUUACACCUCUGCUUAUUCACCAUGAUUGGAAUGCUGAUCUUUUCCAAAUCAGAUGACCCUAAGAAGAAUGGAGAAUGGGAAACCUACUUCAAAAACCUGCCAAAGUCCCUGUCUUCUCUGCUAGUGCUGCUAACAACAGCCAAUAACCCUGACGUCAUGAUUCCAGCAUACUCUCUGAACCGUGGCUAUUCUAUAUUUUUUAUACUCUUUAGUGUGUUUGGAACGUAUUUGUUAAUGAAUCUAAUGACGGCUAUUAUUUAUAACCAGUUCAGGGGAUAUUUACUGAUGUCGGUUCAGACGUCUAUAAUCAGGAGGCGUCUGGGUAUUCGGGCUGCUUUCGAGGUGCUGUGCUGUCCAGGCCGAGGGCACACUAGCACUCAGUCUGAAGGCCAUGUGGAGCGAGUGGCGGUGAACAUGUUUCUUCAGGUCAUGGAUAGAGUCCACAUGAAGUCUUACUGCAGACAGGCUAUCAUUAAGGCUGCUCAGCAGUUCCCAGAUGGCUUCAUUAAUGGCGAGGCCUUCCAGAGGCUUUUUAAUGAGCUGGAUAAGGAUUUUAUGAAAGAGCAUCCACCAAAACCAGAGUACAGUUCUCCUGUCCUACAGCUUAUCCAGUGUAUCUACAGUCACUUUUAUAUUACUGUACUGGGGAACGUUGUUGCUCUGGCUAAUGUCAUCUGUAUCUGUACUAUCUUGGUUCUGAAUUCAGAGAAAUCUGCCUCAGAGAAAAAUAACUUCUAUAUGGAGAUCCUCAACUGUAUUUUCAUCCUGUACUAUUUAAUAGAGAUGCUGCUGAAAAUAGUGGCUUUUGGUUGGAGAGGUUACCUGUCUUACAGGAAUAACAUUUUUGAUGGAUUCCUCACUGUUCUUCUUCUGGCAAUUCAGAUUGCCAUAUUCAUCACGUACAGGAUUCCAUAUGAGGACGUGGAUCUGGUUCCACGACAUGUGAUGGCUUUGUGGGAGAUGGUGCGACUGGUCAACAUGUUGAUUGUUUUCCGUUUCCUCAGGAUAAUUCCAGAAAUCAAGUUGAUGGCCGUGGUGGCCAGCACUCUUGUGGACCUGGUGAAAAACUUGCGGGCAUUUGCUGGCAUUCUAUUGGUGGUGUACUAUGUGUUUGCAGUUCUUGGUACCUGGCUUUUCCAGGGAGCUAUAACCCCUCCAUCAAACAUGAGUCUAAUAUCCGACUCCAGCACAGAGAACAAAACGGGGGGUCCCUUCAGCAUGGAUUGUGGCACUUUUGAACAGCUGGAGUACUGGCCAAACAACUUUGAUGAUUUUGCUUCCUCUCUGGUUCUGCUCUAUAACAUCAUGGUGGUGAAUAACUGGCACGUUUUCACGGACGCAUACACCAGAUACACUACGGAGUGGUCCUUGGUGUAUUUUGUGGCCUGGUGGUUGACAUCUUCAGUCAUGUGGGUCAACCUAUUUGUGGCACUCAUUUUGGAGAACUUCACCUAUAAGUGGGACCGCAGUAACGCUCUCUCUGUUGAGGAUGUGGAGAGAAUUGCCUAUCAAAGCACUGUACAGCUUAUUUUCAGAGAGCACGUCCAAGAGCCGACAGAAGAAGAGUUACUAGCUCAACUACAACAACAUCCUCAUCUGCACCUCUCCUGGUGACCCUAAACUCAUCCCCCCUCACCUCCACCUCACGGGACGUCUUUAAUACAUAAUUACACCAAAACACCCAGAAUCCUUCAGGACUCCAUCACGUCUGUGUAGGCCUUAUGUUUACAUAUCCAUCCAUUUUGGAGGGCCUGUUUCCCAUUAUAGGAUCUGUGUUGCUUCAGGUCGGCCUGGGAAGGGAUGUAUGUGUUUUUAACAGAGCGUCACACUGUUUGGAGGAACUUCAAUUUAUAAAGAGGCUUUAGCUCAAGUCACUCCUGCUGCUGAAGUCCCAGAGUUUUUGUUGUAUGCUCAAGACAACCUGUAAAUUUCAGUAGUGUUCAUGAUGAAGUAUCAGUACCAAAGUUUUUGAUUUACGCGAAUGUCUGGAAGGAAUUCAAUCUUUGAGUUCUUUUUUUUUUUUUGAGAAACCAAACACAUUUUUGUCCUGCAUUUUAUGAUAUCAAUAUUUGUAUUUAUUUUUGUAAGCCUGUUACAAUAAAAAAAAAAAA